GUCACUUGCAAAAGCAAAAGGCACCAGGUACAGUGAAAGUAAAAAGUUCAGCCGAAAAUAUUUCGCGUUAGGCUAUUUUUCCGAGCACUAACUUUCUUCAUAAUAUGUUAAUUCGACAAAGUGUUUGAUCGAGGUUAUUUAUUUCGUUCACCUGGCAGCUAGUGAAUUUAAUCAACAAUAAAUUUUACAGUUGAAGUUAGUUGGAAAAGAGGCACCUUCAGAGUUCAAGCGAAGCCUCCAUUUUUGCUGCGAACGUUGUUAGAGUGAAAAAUGUACAAACAUGGAGGAAUAAUUGAUCCGGAUUUAAAGUGUGAAAAUGCGAUCUGAAUGUGCAAUGUACGGUUUACAUAAUCAGUUUUGACUAGACAGCAUUGUAGUGAUCCAACUUCGUGCAAUUUCUUAUCGGACAGAUUGACCGGAUUGGAUAGGUUUCUAACAGGAAUUGGCAAAACUAGUCAAGAUGUCGGUCCAUUAUAAAUUCAAAAGUGCGCUUGAUUUCGACACCAUCAGCUUUGAUGGGUUACAUAUAUCGGUGGCAGACCUUAAGAAGGCUAUUAUUCAUCAGAAGCGACUGGGAAAAACAAUGGAUUUCGAUUUGCAGAUUACUAAUGCACAAACUAAAGAAGAAUAUAGCGAUGAUGCGUCUCUAAUCCCGAAAAACACUUCACUCACAAUUGCACGAGUUCCACUAAAGAAUGCACCUAAGAAAAAUUGGGAACCGAAGGGGGAUAACAAUGCACAACCGGCGUCAACCAGAAAGGGUCACGAAAGUAGCACAGCCGUACAAGCUAAUGUCGAUCUGUCCACCAUGAACGGAACAGAAGAGGAUAAAAUUCGUGAAAUGAUCUUUCAAAGCACGGCGGAAUAUGAUCCUACCAAUUAUCAGAAAAUCCGUGGUGCAUCGCAAACCGGCGAAGUGCCCAUCAACUACAAAUGUUAUCGUUGUUACAAACCCGGUCAUUGGAUUAAAAACUGUCCCUUAGGACCUUUGCCUAAAGAAGCAAUGGAUGUGAAACGAACUUCCGGCAUCCCGCGCUCUUUUAUUGAGCGGGAUAAAGAUCCAGAGAAUAAUCCAAUUAUUCAAUUACCUCAAGUACCCCCGGAAGAAAAACAGGUUAUUCCGGAAGAUUUGAUUUGUGGUAUUUGUAAGGAUUUGUUUACUGAUGCAGUAAUGAUACCAUGCUGUGGAAGCUCAUUUUGCGACGAGUGUGUCCGCACCGCCCUGUUAGAAUCGGAAGACAAUGAGUGCCCAGAUUGUAAAGAAAAAGGCUCCUCGCCUGGUUCACUAAUACCGAACAGAUUUCUACGGAACUCAGUAAACGCAUUUCGCAAUGAGACUGGCUAUGUCAAAACUGUUCGUCAAGCUGCUUCAAAUAAACAAACUAAGCCUACCGAGGAAUCGCAGGUAGCAACUACAGCAGAAUUGACAGCAGUUACUUCUUCCACCAAUAUCACUUCAUCAGCAACUAUCUCCAAUGAAGCAGAGGAGGAUGCCAUCCAACAUAAGGCGGAAACUGACAUAGAAACACAACCGGAAUCUACAGACCAUUGUGACUUACACGAAAGCUACGAAGAGGUAUCUCAACAUGGAGAUAUCGGAUCACCAGGUGAUGAUAAAGUUUUCGACAAUGAGUCCGACUACGAAGACAACAUAACAGUGACGGUGCCACCAGCGCACUUACAGAGGCGCGGUGCAUAUCUGGGCCAUUACAAUGGACGCCCGCCACAUCAUUAUCGUCACGAUACACCCCCGACAGGUCAUGAACACUCGUCACAUUACAAUAGCGGUAGCAGCAGUGGAGGCGGUCGAAACAAUGAUGAAACACUCCCUGAAGAAGGCGGCUCCCUUACGCCAAAAAUAGAUGAUAGUGAAAGCAACUACCAAGCAAUUCCUCCAUCGAAUCCAAAGCAUGAAUAUGACACUCGUUCACCGGAUUAUCACCAACCGAAUGCUCGUAGCACAAUACCGAUACCACAACACAACCAUCAUCCUCAUCAGCCACAGAUGGGUGGUGUUCCACCACAUCAAACCUAUAUGUCUCAGCCACAUCAUCCUUAUCCGGGUCCACCACAUUCGGGUCCCCAUCCGUAUCCCGUAGGCUAUGGAAUGCAGCAUGGUUAUCCUCCGCAACGACCAUAUGAACAUCAUGGUGGUAUGUACCACGGUGAACGACCGAGGAUGAUGUAUCCACCACGAGGUGGAUAUGCUCCACAUCCCCCUCACAUGAGACCACGCCAUAUGGUGCCAAUGGCACCUGCUGGGUAUCCUACUGUUCCAAGCGUUGGUCCAGGCAUUAUUGAUGAUCCUUUGGAAGCAUUUAAUCGCAUUAUGCGCGAAAAAGAACGUCGCAAAGAACAGGAAGCCAAGCAAGCUAAUCGUCACCGGUCACCUCACGCUACUGAUCGGAAUCGUCGAUCUAGAUCUUUUGAUAAUGCCUCAGGCAAUCGACGCGGUCGUUCUUCUGAACGUGGCCGACAUAGGUCACCUAGACCGCGUACACCGGAACGUCGUCGUUCACCGGAUGAAAAACAUGGUGAUGAACGAGAUAGAGAUCGCGAUCGUGAACGGGACAGAGAUCGAGAGCGAGAACGCGGAACAAGGCGUCGGAAUCGUUCUAGUUCGUACAGUUCCAGUGGAUCUAGAUCAUAUUCACGGUCUCCGACGACAAAGAAGGGUAAAUCUCCGAAAAAACGCUCUCGUAGUCCAUAUCGAGAGCGUCGGUCCAGAAGCCGCUCCAAAUCAUUUGAAGAAAGAAGGCACGGAAAGUACGGUAAAGACCGACGUGAAGAACGUCGUGAAGAACGCCGUGAAGAACAUCGUGGUGAAUAUCGUGAAAAUAUAGAGAGAUCACCCGCCUACAAUUAUUCUGGCUACCGUGGUCGUGGAAGUUUCCGUGGCGGACCGCGCGGUCGUGCCGGUGGUCGAGACGGUGGGUACCAACAACAUUUUGGACGAGGAUAUGACCGUGGCCAUGCGCCAAUGCAGGCCGCUCAGCACGAACAGUACGGUCACCAGAUGGUACCGGGUCCAAGCGACUACCACCAUCACGAUCCAACGCACCAUCAUGGUGUUCCACCGGGGGUUGUUCCUGGUGGUAUGUCACAUGGAGUACCACAAGCUGGACAUUACGCACCACCACCACAGCCACCAAUGCAGCAAACCGGAGUGGUUCCCAACAGAUAUCAAUCUCGUGAUGCUGCUCGUGGACCGUACAUGGGUCACCCAGUUAAAACGGAUCAUAUGGCUUACUAUGAGCAACAGCAACAGGCACCGGUUCCUGUACAGCAGUCGGCUCCGGUCCAUUCAGAACCACCACCGCCUGGAUUCGAAGAGCAAGACAGUUGGUCUGGGAAACAGGACGCAGAAUACCAUGCACCAGCUGCCGCCACAGCAGUUAUUGCGACUGAAGAUUACCAUAAUACUCCAAAAAGCCACGAACAAGAGCGCGCACUUACGCCGGUAAUUCACGACGAUCGCCAUGAACAUAUGACUCGGUCUGUCUCCAAAGAGAAGGACCACAAGAAAAGAAACCGGGACGAUGUGGACGAACAUUAUCGUCGGGAAGAACGAAAGUUGCGAUCUUCAACACCGGACCGUCAUGACAAAGAUAAAUUAUUCAAGCGAGGUCAAGAACAUGAGCGGGAAAAAGAAAAGGAUAAGGAGAAGAAAAAGAGUGACUCAGUUAGAGAGAAAAGAUUGCUUGAGAAGGAAAAGGAAAAAGAUCGCGACAAAGAAAAGGAACGUGAGAAGGAAUCGAAGCGUAAGCAGAGAGAUUCAAGUGAAGAUGAAAAGAAGGACAAAAAAAAGGAUAAAGAAAAAAAGAAGCGAAAGAAAGAGAAAGAAGCAGAGAAGAAAAAACACAAAAAAGAUCGCAAAGAGAAGGAAAAACGAGCGAAGGAAAACAGGAAAGAAAGAAAAACGGUUGAGCAAGAAGAAGCUGAUAGUUCCCUACAGCCUGCUACACCAAAACAUGUUCCUAGGAUGGAUAUUUCAGAUUUUAAUGAACCACAUGACAAACGACAGGCGGAGGUUGAUACCACGCAAGAGUUUAGUGGUCGUGAUUUCGAUGAUACGCUUUUAAUUCCAAAUCGUUCACAGGAUCUUGCUCUUUCUGAUCGUUCUCGUGAGGAUCAUUCUUAUCUAGAAGAACCUUCCAGCAGCCAUCAAAAUCAAAAUCAAGAACAGUACCACCAAGUUGAUACAAGUCACGAUCACAGCGAUCUGUACUCGGAUAUACCAGAUAAAUAUGAGGGUGAUCAACUAGAGAAAUCCAUCCUGGAAGGACAUGCCCCUGAUGAGGAAACAGAUCUGGUGAAUAGUAGUGGUGUUGACAUUGAUGAUCAUAUGCAGGACGACAUAAAGCGAUCCGAUUCCAUUUUGGAUUUGCACGCUAAUUUAGAUUUUGAAGGAGAACUUGAAGAUGGUGAAACAACUUCUCCCCCUAAAUCGAAUAUGUUCAUUGGCAUUCCAGAACUGUCCAAAUGGGAGAUAGAUGAGGAACCUCCCGUCAUAACUAGCUCCGAGCGUAAACCGUCGUCAGAUGAGCACAUCCAGAUCGUUCCUCCGGAAGAAUCCACAACUAAGGUGACGCAUGAGGUGUUGAAACGGGCAGAAAAUGCUAUUUUUACUAGGGCCAUUAACGCUAUACGUCCGAUUGAAAUAAAAAAAAUUAGCCUCGACCGACAAAAAUUGUACUCGAAUGAUCCAUUAGAUGUUGAUGGACCGAACCUGGAAGUCAAUGUGGAGAAGCAACAAGAAGAGCUUAAACGAUUCCAGGUCACUGUUCCUACCUACGACAAUAACGCGGAACGCUCAGUGGAGAUCAAACCGGAUAUGGCUAAAAACGAAAAUACUCGUGCCUCUCCGGUACGUACAUCCAUCAAAGAGCGGCUGGGUAGCAAGAUAACAGAAGUUCGUGGAAGCAGUACCAGUUCGUAUUCGCAUUCUCGGACACCACCGCCGGUACGUAAGGUCAAAGCCACAACUUCUACUACCCAGCUGUUGGAACCACCGAAAAAGCGCUCCCGUAGUAAAUCUUUAGAACAAGAAGCUUCUGCCGGUCGUAAGGCUCGUAAUGAACGUGAUAGUCGUCGUCGCGAGGAAAUUCGGAUUAGUAGCAGUAGCAGGCGGCAGGACAGUGGCAGACGGGUUGUAGUUGCCGUUCGGGAACCUAGCCCAAGUAGACGCAAAGAGUUAGAUAAGAAAGAAAGAGUCAACAAAGAAAAAAGCGCUCGUGCUAACGAACGUGUUGGUAAAGAAGUUAAUGAGAGAAAUCGUGAACGAGUUAUUCGACGAAGCAGGGAGAGAAGCCGCGAAAAGAGACCGGAUAGAACAGUUUCUCCGGUUAGACGAGAUCGCGAACGAGAUCGGCCGCGAGAACGUGAGAGAGAACGCGAAAAGGACACGCGAAGAGACCGCAAAGAAAGCGACGACCGUGUUCGCAAAGUUGAAGGUCACUUAAGAAAAAGUCCAGAUAAAUCCAGUGCCCACAGUCAUAAGGAUAAUAAAAGAGAACAUGAGCGAAAACGGAUUGAUGUGGAAGCGGAAAGACGCAAUCGUGAAUUUUCUCUUGCCGAGAAAAACCGUCGAGUGGAAUCCACCACCAGAAAAGAAGAAAAUCGUAAACGUGGCGACGAAAAACUACCAUUGGAACUACUAAGCAAGUUAGCUAGAUCUGAAAAAAUACAUAAAACAUCACGACCGGGAGCUACUUCUAGCGAUUCAAGCAGUACAGACUCCGAUUCAUCAUCCUCUGAAUCAAGCAGUGACUCGGAAGAAGAAUCUACGAAGAAACGCAAGAAGCGCAAGCAUAAGAAAGAACGCAAACGUAGCAAACGGUCCGCUUCUAGCGACACGGAUGGGUCAGCUAGUAAGAAGAAGAAAAAGAGUAAGAAGUCGAAAUCUAGUAAAAAGAAGAAGAAGGAAAAGAAACAUCGCAAGGAAUGAAAGUGUGACACUGCGGUACAUGCAAACAAAAGGGACAUUAUUCGAACAAAAAUUGAUUGUUUGAAGCACAUUUUAUUGUACAGCAGAGAUACGCUCGGCUGGAGCACUCAUCCUGGGGAUGAAUGAGUUUUCUGUUAAGCGUAUUCUUUGGUUAUUAAAGCUAAUUUCUUAGCCUUUGCUAGUAAUGAUUAAACAUACCUGUCUGCGGGCGCCAACACGCAGUAAGUGUCGUGUGAACUGAAUAAGAAAAAUAUUUGAGUUUGAUUCCCUACUGACGGUUCAUUCUCUAUAAACAGUUAUAUUUCGAUGAAGUAAGGUAAAAAUAUAAAAAACAGAACUAAAAUG